UAAACCUGUAACUUCUUCCCCUUUUUAAAACUGUACAGGCAACAUAGCUAAACACUGGGUUUCAAAACAAAAACACAACCACAUGUUUCAAUUCCAUCAUCAUUAAAUAACCAGACAGAUUUACAAACAUACGAACAGUAACCCUAGAACACACACCUUCAACAAUGGCGGCUCCUCCCAACCCUUCCAUCUCCUUCAAACCACCGUCACCCGCCGCCGCACUGCCACCACGCUCCGCCUUCCUCCCCCGUUUCGCAUUACCCAUCACUUCCACUACCCAAAAACGACACCGUCUUCACAUCUCCAAUGUUCUCUCCGACUCCAAAUCCACCACCACCACCACCACCACCACUCAACGACCGUUACCGGUGCAGCCUUUUGUCUCCCGUUACGCGCCAGAUCAACCGAGAAAAGGCGCAGACGUGUUGGUGGAAGCUCUGGAACGGGAAGGUGUCACCGACGUCUUCGCCUACCCCGGCGGCGCGUCAAUGGAGAUCCACCAAGCUCUCACGCGCUCAAGCACUAUCCGCAAUGUGCUCCCCCGUCACGAACAGGGCGGCGUGUUCGCCGCCGAAGGCUACGCGCGCGCCUCCGGUCUUCCCGGCGUGUGUAUCGCCACUUCCGGUCCCGGAGCUACGAACCUAGUUAGUGGUCUUGCUGACGCGCUGUUAGACAGUGUCCCCAUGGUGGCAAUCACCGGUCAAGUUCCCCGGAGAAUGAUCGGAACCGAUGCGUUUCAAGAAACCCCAAUUGUUGAGGUAACACGUUCGAUCACUAAACAUAAUUAUCUUGUGUUGGAUGUUGAGGAUAUUCCCAGAAUUGUUCGUGAGGCUUUUUAUCUUGCGAGUUCGGGUCGACCCGGCCCGGUUUUGAUAGAUGUACCGAAAGAUAUACAGCAACAGUUAGUGGUGCCGAAAUGGGAUGAACCGAUGAGGUUACCGGGUUAUUUGUCUAGAAUGCCGAAGCCUCAAUAUGAUGGGCAUUUGGAACAGAUUGUUAGGUUGGUGGGGGAAGCGAAGAGGCCGGUUUUGUAUGUGGGUGGUGGGUGUUUGAAUUCGGAUGAUGAGUUGAGGCGGUUUGUGGAGCUUACGGGGAUUCCGGUUGCGAGUACUUUGAUGGGGCUCGGAGCGUACCCUGCUUCGAGUGAUUUGUCGCUUCAUAUGCUUGGGAUGCAUGGUACGGUUUAUGCGAAUUAUGCGGUUGAUAAGAGUGAUUUGUUGCUUGCGUUUGGGGUGCGGUUUGAUGAUCGUGUGACGGGGAAGCUUGAGGCGUUUGCUAGUAGGGCGAAGAUUGUUCAUAUUGAUAUUGAUCCUGCUGAAAUUGGGAAGAAUAAGCAGCCUCAUGUGUCGAUUUGUGGUGAUAUUAAGGUCGCGUUACAGGGUUUGAACAAGAUUUUGGAGGAAAAGAAUUCGGUGACUAAUCUUGAUUUUUCGACCUGGAGAAAGGAAUUGGAUGAACAAAAAAUGAAGUUCCCGUUGAGCUUUAAAACGUUUGGCGAAGCGAUUCCUCCACAGUAUGCUAUUCAAGUUCUUGAUGAGUUAACGGGCGGGAAUGCAAUUAUUAGCACCGGUGUCGGGCAACAUCAGAUGUGGGCUGCUCAGUUUUACAAAUACAACAAACCUAGACAAUGGCUGACGUCGGGCGGGCUAGGGGCAAUGGGUUUCGGCCUGCCCGCUGCUAUCGGGGCGGCCGUUGCAAGACCUGAUGCGGUAGUAGUUGACAUCGACGGUGACGGAAGCUUUAUGAUGAAUGUUCAAGAGUUAGCCACAAUCCGUGUUGAAAAUCUGCCGGUUAAGAUUUUAUUACUUAACAACCAGCAUUUGGGUAUGGUGGUUCAGUGGGAGGAUCGGUUUUACAAGGCGAAUCGGGCUCAUACCUACUUAGGAAACCCGUCAAAAGAGUCGGAAAUAUUCCCUAACAUGGUGAAGUUUGCUGAAGCCUGUGAUAUCCCGGCUGCUCGAGUGACCCAAAAGGCGGAUCUACGAGCAGCUAUUCAGAAGAUGUUGGAUACACCCGGGCCUUACUUGUUGGAUGUGAUUGUGCCGCAUCAAGAACACGUGUUGCCCAUGAUCCCGGCUGGCGGAGGUUUCUCGGAUGUGAUCACCGAGGGUGAUGGCAGAACGAAAUAUUGAGGUGUCCAAAGUCGCGGGUUGUGUAAGCAGUUUGUCGGUUUUGAAGUUAAUGUUUUGUUGUGUAAUUUAGUUUGAAUGUUCUGGAUCAGUUUAUCAAUGUUUCUUUUAAUUAAUAGCUCUCGCGAAUAAAUUUCCAAGUUUUAUCUUUUGCUUUA